CUUCAUCAUCCCAAACAUAGUUUCUUGCUCAUCCCCCGGUAAAAUUAAUUCCCAGCCCACCUAUUCAAACUUACCUGCGAGGCUGCGAACUGGCGGAAGUGCAAAGAAGAAAAAUCCAAAAUUGAAGACAGAGCUCUGCGUCCUGCGACUUGCGAGUUUGCGACGAAGAAGGCAAGAACUUGUUCUGUGAGUUGCGACCCUGCUGCGCCUCGCCGUCCUCCGCCGUCCACGCCGCCCGUCCAGAGCCCUCUGUCGUGACUGUUAGAUUUUAGCCUGCCGCUCUGGCCUCUGCCUCCAGCUCCGAAGCUCCAGCCUCCAGGUUUACUUAUUUAAAAGUAGAUCAAAAUGCCUUAUAAAAUCGCAAGGCGUAAUCGAUUGUUAAGAUAUAGACCUUUUGGUUUGUCUCCAUAUGCUCGAUCUGUGGUCCGUCUUGCCUCAUUUAGCAAGGUCAAGCAUGAGAUUUCUAAAGGACUACGAGAAAAAGAACCGCACAGCUCAUCAGGUAAUGGGGUUCUAAAUAAAAAACUAGGAGACCAGAACAACCUGUAUUCUGAUUCUGAUGAUGAAGAGUUUGAAGGUACUACUGUCCAAGCAGACUUUGAGUUCUUUGAUCCAAAGCCCAGUGACUUCCAUGGAGUGAAGCUUCUCCUGCAGAGCUACCUUGAUAAUAAAGAGUGGGAUUUGAGUGGUUUUGUUGACCUAAUCUUGGGACAGCCCACUGUAGGCACUGUUGUUAAAAUAGCAAACGACGAAGAUGAAGGAAUUUACUCUGUUAUCAGCACCCUUAACUUAGGAAGAUAUAAGGAGAAUAAUUGUAUAGUGGAGCUGAAGAAGUACCUCCUUAAGGCAUGCCAAGAUCAGAAUGUACAUGCUAAAUUGAGCUUAGUGCUUGAAGAGCAAUCUGAGGGUGUUGGACUCUUAGUUUCUCAACGUGUGGCAAAUCUCCCUCCCCAGCUUUUGCCUCCCCUUUACGAUGCACUCUUUGAUGAAAUCUCAUGGGCUACAGAAGAUGAGCCAACAGAAGAGCUUAAAAAAUCGUUUUGCUUUAGGUUUUACCUGGUGAUCACUAAAAUUUACAAGCAUAAGAAUGCAGACAAAAAAAUUGUGUCAAGUAAAACCGGUGAUGGGGCCAUAAUAUAUGUGAAGCCUGAAGAAGAAAUCUUCCAUGAGCUAAGCUCUUGGUCAUUCACUUUCCCAGUGCAGUCUCAGCUAGUCAGAGUUGAUGAGCUAAAAGAUUACCGGAUUAGUGGUUUGGUGAUGGCUGUGGAAGCUAGCAAAAUGUCCAAAUUCCGGUCACAGUUGCACACUUUAAUAGAGGACGAUUCAUAAUUUUCAUCCUCAGUCUAACGUAUAUCUAUAUUUUCAUAUUUUGCUUUAAGAUGCUCUGUAUUUGCAACUUAUGCUUUUCAUCACUACCCUCCAAUUUUGAUCUUUCUGUAUUGGGUUCAUA